CCCAAAAACCACUUGAAAGUCACCGUUUAUCUCUGCAAAUCCCGGUUUCAGUUUCCGGCUGGAUUCUGGUGCAUUGAGUACACCGAGUCGUCCAUCAUAGUUUCCGGCUGGAUUCUGGUGCAUUGAGUGCACUGAGUCGUCCAUCAUCGGUAGCAGCGGACCGAACCUAAUCGCUUCUUAUUCAACGUCAUCGAUUUUUCUCUCGAAUAUGAGUAGCUUGGUUGAAAGGUUGAGGAUUAGGUCGGAUCGGAGGCCGAUAUAUAACUUAGAUGAAUCAGAUGAUGAUGCGGAUCUUGUUCCAAAAAAGCCUGGUGCUCAAGAAAAGUUUGAGCCGAUAGUCAGGAUUGAUGCGAAAGACAAUGCAUGUCAAGCUUGUGGCGAAGGUGAAAAUCUUUUGAGCUGUGAAACAUGUACUUAUGCUUACCAUCCUAAAUGUUUAGUUCCACCUAUAAAAGCUCCCCUUCCUGAAAACUGGAGGUGUCCUGAAUGCGUUAGCCCUUUGAAUGAUAUUGACAAGAUAUUGGACUGUGAAAUGCGCCCAACAGUAGCUGGUGGUAAUGAUGCCUCUAAGCUGGGUGCAAAGCAAAUUUUUGUAAAACAAUACCUUGUGAAGUGGAAGGGAUUAUCUUACCUGCAUUGUACUUGGGUACCGGAGAAAGAGUUCCUGAAAGCUUUCAAGUCAAAUCCUCGUUUGAAGACUAAAGUGAACAACUUUAAUCGUCAAAUGUCAUCAAUCAAUAACUCUGAGGAAGAUUUUGUUGCCAUUCGGCCAGAGUGGACUACUGUUGAUAGAAUUCUUGCCUGCAGAGGAGACGAGGAAAAAGAAUAUCUUGUGAAGUAUAAAGAGCUUUCUUAUGAUGAAUGUUAUUGGGAGUCUGAAUCAGAUAUCUCUGCAUUUCAACCUGAAAUUGAAAGGUUUAAUAAAAUUCAGUCUAGGUCUCAAAACUUGUCUGCUAGUAAACAGGUUGAGUUGAAAAAGAAAGCACGAGAAUUCCAACAGUAUGAGCAUAGUCCCAAUUUUCUCUCUGGAGGCUCACUGCAUCCAUAUCAGCUUGAGGGGCUGAACUUCUUACGCUUUUCAUGGUCCAAACAAACACAUGUGAUACUUGCUGAUGAGAUGGGCCUUGGAAAAACCAUACAGAGUAUUGCUUUUUUGGCGUCUCUUUUUGAAGAAAGCAUCACUCCACAUUUGGUGGUUGCCCCACUGUCAACUCUGCGAAACUGGGAACGGGAAUUUGCAACAUGGGCUCCCCAAAUGAAUGUUAUAAUGUAUGUUGGCUCUGCUCAAGCCCGUACUGUUAUAAGGGAACAUGAAUUUUAUUUUCCCAAACGUCAUAAAAAAAUCAAGAAAAAGAAAUAUGGUCAGAUUGUUAGUGAAAGCAAACAAGAAAGAAUUAAAUUUGAUGUUCUCCUAACAUCAUAUGAGAUGAUCAACUUGGACACAGCGUCAUUGAAACCAAUUAAAUGGGAAUGCAUGAUUGUUGAUGAAGGCCAUCGUCUCAAAAAUAAGGAUUCAAAGUUGUUUUCUUCCUUGAAGCAAUAUACUAGUAACCAUCGUGUGCUUUUGACUGGAACACCACUUCAGAACAAUCUGGAUGAACUUUUCAUGCUGAUGCACUUCCUUGAUGCUGGGAAGUUUGGAAGCUUAGAGGAGUUCCAGGAGGAGUUUAAGGACAUCAAUCAAGAAGAGCAGAUUAUGAGACUACACAAAAUGUUGGCUCCACAUCUACUUAGAAGGGUUAAGAAAGAUGUUAUGAAGGAGUUACCACCAAAGAAAGAACUCAUAUUACGUGUUGAACUGAGUAGCAAACAGAAAGAAUACUACAAGGCAAUUCUUACCCGCAACUACCAGAUAUUGACCCGACGUGGGGGUGCGCAGAUCUCUCUUAUUAAUGUUGUUAUGGAAUUGCGGAAGCUUUGUUGUCAUCCAUAUCUCCUAGAGGGGGUUGAACCAGAUAUAGAGGAUUCAAAUGAAGCUUACAGACAACUUCUGGAAUCAGCCGGAAAAUUGCAGCUGUUGGACAAAAUGAUGAUGAAGCUUAAGGAGCAAGGUCAUAGAGUUCUUAUAUAUUCACAGUUCCAACGCAUGCUUGAUGUACUAGAAGAUUAUUGUACUUACAAGAAAUGGCAGUACGAACGUAUAGAUGGAAAGGUUGGUGGAGCUGAGAGACAGAUACGCAUAGACCGGUUUAACGCCAAAAACUCUUCCAGAUUUUGCUUUUUGCUGUCUACUAGAGCUGGUGGCUUGGGAAUCAACCUUGCAACUGCUGACACAGUCAUCAUAUACGACAGCGAUUGGAAUCCGCAUGCUGAUCUACAGGCAAUGGCUAGAGCUCAUCGACUUGGUCAGACAAACAAGGUGAUGAUUUAUAGGCUCAUAACGCGAGGUACUAUUGAAGAACGAAUGAUGCAGAUGACAAAGAAGAAAAUGAUUUUAGAGCAUCUUGUUGUUGGAAAGUUGAAGACGCAAAACAUCAACCAGGAAGAGUUGGAUGACAUCAUUAGAUAUGGGUCAAAGGAGCUCUUUGCUGAUGAAAAUGAUGAAGCAGGAAAAUCUCGCCAAAUCCAUUACGAUGAUGCUGCUAUUGAUAGAUUACUCGAUCGUGAUCAUGUUGAUGCUGAAGAGGCUUCAUUGGAUGAUGAAGAGGAAGAUGGAUUUUUGAAGGCUUUCAAGGUGGCAAAUUUUGAAUAUAUUGAUGAAGCAGAUGCCAUAGCAGAAGAAAAGGCACAGAAAGCAGCCAUGGAAAACAAAUCUUCAAUGAGCAAUUCUGAAAGAUCAAACUUUUGGGAAGAGUUGUUAAAAGACAGUUAUGAAGUGCAUAAAGUUGAGGAGUUCAGUGCUUUGGGCAAAGGGAAGAGAAGCCGUAAGCAGAUGGUAUCUGUUGAAGAAGAUGACCUUGCUGGUCUGGAAGGUGUGAGUUCUGAGGGGGAGGAUGACAAUUAUGAAGCUGAUUUGACUGAUGGUGAUACGACUUCAUCUGGAACUCAGAGAAGGCCUUACAGAAAGAGAGCUCGCGGGAGCUCGGAACCAGCACCUUUGAUGGAAGGUGAAGGUAGAUCUUUCAGAGUACUGGGAUUCAACCAGAAUCAGAGGGCUACGUUUGUGCAGAUACUCAUGAGGUUUGGUCUUGGGGAUUUUGACUGGAAGGAGUUUGUCCCGCGUUUAAAACAGAAGACAUUUGAAGAAAUAAGAGAUUAUGGGACUCUCUUCCUAAGGCAUGUUGUUGAAGAUUUAAAUGACUCGCCCACCUUUUCAGAUGGUGUGCCAAAGGAGGGACUUCGAAUUCCAGACGUACUGGUCCGUAUUGCAAUUUUGACGUUGAUACAAGAAAGGAUCCAGUAUGCAGAAGAAAAUCCUGGCAGUCCUCUUUAUGGUGAUGAUAUUGUUGCACGCUAUCCAGCCUUGAAGGGUGGCAAAUUUUGGAAAGAGGAACAUGAUCUAAUAUUACUGCGUGCUGUUCUCAAGCAUGGAUAUGGAAGAUGGCAAGCUAUUGUUGAUGACAAGGACCUGAGGAUUCAGGAAGUUAUAUGCAAAGAGCUGAAUCUUCCAUUUAUAAAUCUACCUGCCCCAGGACAAUCAAGUUCUCAAACACAAAAUGGGGCAACUACAUCUAAUGUGGAAGGACCUGGCAACAACAGUCUGGGUGCUGGGGAUGACAGGACAACUGACAUGGCUCAGGGACCAGUGGAUCCUGCAAGCCAUUCGCAGUUAUAUCAAGACCCUUCUAUACUCUACCACUUCAGAGAUAUGCAGAGAAGGCAGGUUGAGUUUGUCAAGAAAAGGGUACUCCUCUUGGAGAAGGGCCAUAAUGCGGAGUACCAAAAAAUUUACGAUGCUGAAACUGGAAACAGUCCUACUGAAGUGGCUGAGAAUGUACCUGGGGGCUCGGGCGUCGAAGUUCCUAGCACUAUGGAUAUAGACGAUGACUCAAUUGAUCAGUUGCCUGCAUUAGAAGUAAUUGCACCAGAAGAUUUCUCAUUGCCUGGUGACUCUGAACGAACUGAACUAGCCGUUCGGUACAAUGAGAUGUGCAAGAUUCUGGAUCAAAACGUACCAGAAUCAGCGCAAGCAUAUCUAAACAAUCCUGUGAAUCCCUCCCUGAGGAAGAGCCUGCAGCCGCUGGAGACAUUGUUUGAAAAUAUAAGCGUGGCGCUUUCCCCAAACUUGAAGCAGUCAACUACUCAACAAAUUGACCUCGAGCAAGCUACCGGAGCAGGUAUUAUGAUCAGGGAGUCUAUGGAGCAGAAACGUCCAGGAGACAGCAAUGAUGAAGUAGAACCUGACACAAGCUUGGCUGCUACCGCGCCUGCUCAAAAGUAGAAGUGGAGGAAGUGGAUGGUGACUCCAAGAACUGAUGCUGCGCGUUUUUGGGGCAUAGGGUAGAUGGACACAGAUGGGCAUCUGGAUUAGAUCUCUAAUUUUGGAUUAGCCAAUAGUUGUGGUGUAGAUGAGAGAUGAGAUAUUAAAGAUGGAUGUGAUAUAAUUUACUGGGACGAAUUGGUCGCCAUUUCUCAUAGUACAGUUCAAUUACUAAUCAAAGACGUACUCAGUUCACCAUCAAAAGAAAAUUGAUUAAUCCAAUUUACAGACCAAGAGUAUUUUGGGUUA